UCCAGCGGCUCAAAUUUGAAAGGCGAAAGUAGUUCCCCAAGCCUCAUGGCAUCGUUUCAAUUUGAUUCUGGCCGAAGCCAUGUCUUUGGCGACAUCUUUGCAGGACGGCAAGCACCGAUUGGCCCCAGUGACAGCAAUUCCGCACUGCUGGACCGCAGAGAGUGGCCAAGCCUGGAAAUUUCAGUUCCUGAACUCGAAUCGGACUUUCCUGCUUAUGCAUCUGAAGCCGUCGAAGUUCGGAAUACCUUCAUCCAUGUAGCCAGUCCGACGGCUGAAGCUGACCAUGCUGACCGGCCUUUGCUGUCGUGCCCUGCCAACAUCGGAUGGAUUGAAGAUUUGCUCGAGGAUCGGAAGGAUCCACCUCCAACUCCACCAGCACCACCAGCUCAUCCUCCGCCGCCAAUGCCGACGCAAAAGGAGGAGUUCUCCCGUCCUGUGAUCCGCCUAGAGAAUGCCCUUGAAGCACAAACAGCUGCAGCUCAAGCUGAUGCUGGGCUACAAGUUCCACAAGUUCCUUUGUCUAUGGGGCGAUCACAGGGCACUGGACGUGCCCUGGGAGUCAUUGGAGAUCAACGUGGACGGGGUCAAAGUACCUAUAUGCUUCCGACAGCCUACCCUUCCACAGCCUACCCUUCAGGUGGCGAUAUGCCAGUCGGAAGAUCCCACAUGGUUGGUGCCAUUGGUCCUGUGGCUUCGGUGCAAGCCGCUCCGGCUCCAGCACCGGGUCCGUUUAGCAUGGGCCAAGCCUCAAGUUCAUUGGGGCCACAUGCGCCCAAGCCACAUGGAACAAAAGAACUUCCAAGCGUUGGAUCAGCCGGACAUGCUUUGGGGACUUGCAGGCCCUGUGCCUUUCUUUAUGCCAAAGGUUGCUUCAAUGGUGCGGCAUGCUCGUUCUGCCACCUUUGUGAUCGCGGAGAGAAGAAGCGGCGGCAGAAGCAGAAGAAAGCAUGGUUUAAAGGAGGUGCUUGAGUUGCAAGAUUGAUGAAGAUUGGCAUUAGGUUGGCGCCAUAAUAAGCAGCGCCAAAGCCAUACCUGGCUCAAUUUGCAUGCUGCCAUGGACCGUCGGUAAAAUUUACCUAAAGUUCUGUGGCAAGGUGUUGGUACAAUAGCUAUCAAUAGCUGGGGGGUGCCGAGGUAAU